AAAACCCAGGCCAUGACGACCUCAGCGCUGCGGCGCCAGGUGAAGAAUAUCGUGCACAACUACUCUGAGGCAGAGAUCAAGGUGCGUGAGGCCACCAGCAACGACCCAUGGGGACCACCCAGCUCACUCAUGUCAGAGAUUGCUGACCUGACCUUUAACACGGUGGCCUUGUCCGAGGUCAUGGGCAUGCUAUGGCGGCGGCUCAACGACAGUGGCAAGAAUUGGCGGCACGUGUACAAGGCACUGACGCUGCUGGACUACCUGCUCAAGACGGGCUCCGAGCGCGUGGCCCACCAGUGCCGGGAGAACCUCUACACCAUCCAGACACUCAAGGACUUUCAGUACAUUGACCGUGAUGGAAAGGACCAGGGCGUCAACGUGCGCGAGAAGGUCAAGCAGGUGAUGGCGCUGCUCAAGGAUGAGGAGCGCCUGCGGCAGGAACGCACCCAGGCCCUCAAGACAAAGGAGCGCUUGGCACUGGAGGGCAUGAGUGUCGGCAGUGGGCAGCUGAGCUUCAGCCGCCGCCACGGCGAUGACUACGGCCACUCGCGUGGGUCCCCAUCCUCCUACAACUCCUCCUCCUCAUCCCCCCGCUACACCUCCGACCUGGAGCAGGCCCGGCCCCAGACGUCAGGAGAAGAGGAACUGCAGCUGCAGCUGGCCCUGGCCAUGAGCCGUGAGGAGGCUGAGAAGCCGGUCCCCCCAGCCUCCCACAGGGAUGAGGACCUGCAGCUGCAGCUGGCUCUGCGCCUUAGCCAGCAGGAGCACGAGAAGGAGGUGAGGUCUUGGCGAGGAGAUGACUCCCUCAUGGCCAAUGGUGCAGGGGCUGCAGUCUGCCAUCGGGAGGACCGAGAGCCCCAGAGAGAAGACAGAAAGGAGGAGGAGCAGCUGAAAACCAGCCAGUCCUCCAUCCUGGACUUGGCCGACAUCUUUGUACCUGCCCCGGGCCCACCCUCCACACACUGCUCUGCUGACCCAUGGGACAUCCCAGGUCUCAGGCCAAACACACAGCCCAGCGGCUCCUCCUGGGGGCCUUCUGCAGACCCCUGGUCUCCAGUCCCCUCAGGAAAUGCCCUGUCCCGAAGCCAGCCCUGGGACUUGCUCCCUACUCUCUCCUCCUCUGAGCCCUGGGGCCGGACCCCAGUGCUGCCUGCUAGACCCCCCACCACAGACUCCUGGGCGCUGAACUUCCCCCACCACAAACUCCCCACCACUGGGGCUGACUCUUGGGGGGAUCCUAUGGAGACUUCCAACACACCUGCUCUAGGUGGUACUUCAACCUUCAACCUAUUUGCCAAACUUCCAGAAUCCACAGAGACCAAGGAGAGGCUAGAGGGUGCCCAGGCCCUGCCCUCUGGGAAGCCCAGCAGCCCUGUGGAGCUGGACCUGUUUGGAGACCCCAUCCCUAGUUCCAAGCAAAACGGCUUGAAGGAGCCAGAUGCUUUUGACCUGGAUGUGCUGGGGGAAGCGCUGACCCAGCCUAGCAAGGAAGCCCGCGCCUGCCGGACUCCUGAGUCCUUCCUGGGCCCCUCGGCCUCUUCCUUGGUCAACCUUGACUCGUUGGUCAAGGCACCCCAGGCUGCAAAGACCCAGAACCCCUUCCUGACAGGUCUCAGUGCUCCACCCCCCACCAACCCGUUCGGCGGGGGCGAACCGGGCUGGCCGACCCUGAAGCAGGUGCGCACCGGGUCGCCAGUGCUGGGCCUAGCCGUGGGCGGGCCCGUCGAGGCGCCCCUGGGCUCCAUGACCUACAGCGCCUCCCUGCCCCUCCCGCUCAGCAGCGUGCCGGCCGGCGUGACCCUCCCCGCCUCGGUCAGCGUCUUCCCGAAGGCCGGCGCCUUCUCGCCGCCGCCCGCGAGCCUGCCGCCGCCGCUGCUGCCCACGUCGGCCUCCAGCGGACCGCUGAACCCGCCCCCUCAGGCGGGCACCAACCCUUUCCUUUGAGCGUCGCCCCGCCCCCAGGCGUCCGGCGCAUGCGCGCGAGGUCCCUCGGGCCGCAGCUGCGGCAGGGUCCCCCCCUCCCCGGGGAUGCAGCGCGGCGAGGCUGCAACCCGGCCCAUCACCGCGGGAAGCGGGAACAGGCUGCUACUCGCCCCGGUGCCGUCGCGGAGCCCUGCGAUUGUGCUCGUUCAACACUGAUCGAAGCUUCGGCAGACCACUUGCAGCUCCUGAAGCUAGAGCCUGGCGAUUUCCCAGGGGCUGAGACCACGCCCUCGUAAUAAAGACUGGAACCCCGGUCCUCAGCUCUCACAAAGUGGACUUUUUGUGGGGCGUGGCGGCGGGGUCUGGACCCCCGCGCCAUCAGCGGCUGCGAUGGAAACAACUACUUAGCAAUGUGGGUGCUAAAGUGCUCCCACUUCCUUUACAGCUGCUCUCAACCACCCCCCAUCUCCAUCUCGGCCUGGCAUCUUCUCUUCCAGGUGUUCUUCAGACCCUCAUUUAUUCCGUCAUUUCGUUCAUUUAUCACACACGGGCUCCUGGGACAAUUUAACAGCAAAGAACCAUCGCCAGCAUUUAUUGCGCAUUGGUUAUGUGCUAAGCACUUUAGGCAGAUUAUUUCAUUCAAUCCUUAGGACUGGCUACGAGGCUACAUAAUUUGUGGAGCCCCAGUGAAAAGUGAAAAUGUGGGGCUCCUUGUUCAAAAAUGAGCACGGAUAUCAAAAUGGCGUCUGCAGAGCAGGAAACCAAGCGUUGGGUCCUCCCAAGCGUGGGGACUGCGUGAUUGUCCAGGUCUCUCACCCAUGUGGCCGUCCUGAAACCAUUUUACAGUUGAGGAAGCCUAGGCCCAGAGAGGUUAAGUGGUAUGUCAAAAGUCACAAAGCUAGCAGAGCAAGGCCGGGAUUCAGAGUCAGACAGUCUGGCUCCGCAGUCCGCAGCAACCUAGGCUGGGCCCCAGAAUUAAUUCAGCACAUAUUGACUGGCUGCUGGGGACAAAAUGCUGGGCUGGCCUGGGAGGGAUCCAAGAGUUGCUAAAUUCAUGCCCUCCGGGAGCUCCUAGAGCA